AUGGGCGCUGCACACUCCUCUGGAGAGGCCACAUUUGACCGAGUUGAAAGAGACGACAAUGCGGACGUAGACAUUUCGGCCGAAUUGUUGCACAGUCUACAAGAACCGGAGAAGUCACAAUCUUCUGACUCUGCAAAGUCGCAGCCUCCACCGCAGACAUUCACAUAUACAAACAGCCCACCUGUAGACAACGCGAAAGAAGCCGAUCUGGAACUGAUGCGAGAAAACAUAGAACAUUUACUGAAAGAGAGUAAGAAUGAGGGAAUUAAAGAAGGCAGACAGAUCCUCGAUAGUGAAGAGACGGCCGUCUCGCAGAAAGCGAUUGACAAAAUUGAAGAAGAUGCUACGGAUAAGAUCUUGAGUGAUGAACUACAGGCUGAGCAAAGUUUAGAAAAGGCACUCAACGACUUUGAAGUGCGACACGGGUACGGUAUCUCAUAA